AUGCGUCAGAAGCGAGCCAAAGCGUACCGCAAGCUCAUGACUCUCUACUGCAUGUCAUUCGGCUUCAGGCAACCAUACCAGGUGCUAGUUGACUCCGAGAUGUGCAAGGCGUCCAUCACCCAGAAGCUCGAGCUCACGAAGCAACUCGAGACUGUCCUACAAGGCACCGUGAAACCCAUGAUCACUCAAUGCUGCAUACACGAACUUUACCUCCAGGGCAAGGCCCAACAACCUGCUGUUGACCUUGCUAAGAUGUUCGAGCGACGGAAGUGCAACCAUCGUGAGGCCAUCCCUGGGGAUGACUGUCUGGCCAGCGUUGUUGGCGAGACGAACAAGCAUCGCUACGUUAUCGCAACACAGUCGCAUGAGCUCCGCGUGAAACUGCGCACCGUACCUGCAGUACCGUUAGUCCAUAUCAACAGGUCGGUUAUGAUACUGGAGCCACCGAGUAAGGCGACACUUGAAGCGAAGGAGUCGGCCGAGGAACAAGUGCUUCAUCCAUCUGCUCCAGAGAUCGCUGUGCUGCCGUCUACAAGCGCACCGACCGAAACUCCUAAGAAGAAAAAAGGGCCCAAAGGACCCAAUCCGCUCAGUGUCAAGAAAAAGAAA